AUGCCGUCUCUGCCAGCAACGCCCGACGACAGCGGAGACAGCGGCGUGAUCGCGGGGUCGAACCAGCUGGAAGGCUGGAAGAGGAACACCGUUGGUACUGCUGCGGAUGCACCCACAAGGUCGAACGUUAUGGGACGGCGCCGCCCGGGGGACGGGAGCAACGGCUGUGAUCCUGCUGCUGCUGCGGCCGGCAACACGGAGCCGGCAUCACUUUCCCCUCAUCAUCGUGGUGAUGCGUACGGCGGUAGUGCCGACGAUGCGACGGCAUGGCGGGUGGAAGCAGCCGCGACUACUGCGGAACUGCUGGUGUCCUUCAAGACGGCGCUGGCGGCAAGGGAGCCACUGAUGCGGAAGCUACUGGAGGAGGAAACGGACUGUUACCGGCUAUAUCACGGGGCCGUGGAAGGCUGCCCCGGCCUCACCGUGGACCGUUACGGCACGGUUGUCCUGGUGCAAACCUUUCGGGACCCGCCGGCCGACUUCAGCGCGGAGGCGGUAGAGGAGAUUUGCAGACUGGCGUCCGAAGCAAUGCACGCAGCGGAGGCGAGAGCAGCAGCACCAGUAGGGGCGCAAGGACGGCAGUGCAGGUGA